AUGCUGUUUUAUGGAUGCAGAAAUUUUACCAGUUUACAGGCCAAGGUCUCCAAGAACUUUGUCCAUUUGGAUGAAACAUUAAAAAGUCUUUGUUUUCGGGGUAGAUUGACGGAAGCAAUUCGGAUAUUGUGCUGUACAGGAUUUCAAGUGUACCCAGAGACAUAUUCUCUUCUUUUGCAAGAAUGCAUAUCUGUGAAAGAUUAUAAGAAGGGCAGAAGAAUUCAUGCACAAAUGAUUAGUGUUGGUUUUGUUCCAAAUGAAUAUUUGAAGAUCAAAUUAUUGAUUUUGUAUGCAAAAGCAGGGGAUCUAGAAACUGCACACGUUCUGUUUGAGAAAUUGCUGAAGAAAACCUUGAUUUCGUGGAAUGCAAUGAUUGCAGGAUAUGUGCAAAAGGGGCUUGCAGAAGUGGGCUUGAGUCUUUAUUACAAGAUGAGACAGAAUGGUUUAACACCAGAUCAGUACAGCUUUGCAUCUGUCUUUAGAGCCUGCGCCACUUUAGCAACACUAGAGCAAGGGAAGCAAGCCCAUGGCGUCAUGAUAAAGGGCCAGCUUAGUGAAAAUGUUGUAGUUAAUAGUGCCCUCAUGGAUAUGUACUUUAAAUGCAGCAGUCCCUGUGAUGGGCAUCUAGUUUUUGAUAAAUCUUUGGAUAGGAAUGUGAUUACAUGGACAGCUUUGAUAUCUGGUUAUGGCCAGAAUGGAAGAGUAGUUGAGGUUUUAGAAUUGUUUCACAGGAUGGUUAGCGAAGGUUUCACACCAAACUACGUUACUUUUCUUGCAGUUCUUUCUGCUUGUAGCCAUCGAGGUUUGGUCAAUGAGGGCUGGGAAUAUUUCUCAUCAAUGACGAGAGAUUAUGGUAUUCAGCCAAGAGGAAAACAUUAUGCAGCUAUGGUUGAUCUUUUUGGGCGUGCUGGGAGGUUAGAAGAAGCAUAUGAGUUUGCUCAAAACUCACCUUGUGUGGAACACUCAGUGGUAUGGGGUGCUCUGCUUGGGGCUUGUAGGAUUCAUGGAAACAUGGAAAUGUUAAAGCUUGCCGCAAGGAAAUUCUUUGAACUGGAACCAGGAAAUGUUGGGAAGUAUGUUGUUUUAUGUAAUGCUUAUGCCGCUUCUGGUUUGUGGGACAAUGUUGCAGAGAUUAGAAGGGCGAUGAAGGAAUCAGGGAUGAAAAAGGAUACUGGUUAUAGCAUCAUUGAGGUCCAAAGAGAGGUCCACUUCUUUUUCAUGGGGCAUAAUUCUCACAAACAAACGGAGCAGAUAUAUGAGUUGAUCAAAGAUAUGAUUUGCAUUUUAAAAGAUGCUGGCUAUGUUCAUGAUUUAAGUGGUUGAUGAUGAGAGAAGAAAAGUUUCUCAUGGCUAUUAAUUUAACUUGUAGAAUGCGGCUUGAUUCUUCCUUUUAGCAAAAGGGUACUGGUUUCUUGGGAGCUUCAGGAGACCCACCUUUAUUUCUAAUGUUGUAUGGCAAGAGCUCUUAUAGUUAUAGCACAUCAGGCACAUUGUGUUAUGGACCUACUCAUCCAUUGGGGUGAUUAUCUCCCAAAAAAUUUAUAUUUAUUAUAUCCUUUGACAACUUAUAAUAAUAAAGUUUGGCGGAUACAAAUUGUGAAUAUCUACUUGGCUACCUCUGUUCACAACAGGGAUACUGGUUCUUUUUCAAUGAGGAAAUAAAUUCUUAUUCAUAGAAGAAAGUUGCCCGGAAAUUGGUAAUUGCGUGUCCUCCUGACGUUUGACUUCAGAGUUCUCAAAUAUCAAAUAUUACAAGUGGAUUAGAGGGUCUUUCUGAUAUUUCUUGUACCAGGUAUGAUGAAGGUGACAAAGAGAAAGUCUGGGCAUGCACAACCUCUCCUAGAACAUUUUUUUAUGUUAUCCAAAAUAAUUGUUUGGCAGAAUCUUCUUGGCAUUGGUACACUUGCAUGAGGGACAUACUCGGUGGAGCUUUGGAGGAAUUUAUUUAUUUAAUUAUUUUUGGGAAGUGUAGCAAUAAUAAAAUCAAACAAGGAUACAAGAUAUGGAUUGGAUUCCAUUGUGACGCAUGAUGGAGUCAAAUUUCCAUGUUGGCCGUUGUCAGAUUUGUCAUCU